AUGGGUGCAGACGUAGUGGGUGUAGGCGAGGGCAGGGUAAACCAACAGAUAACCUUUCUCCACUCUACUGUGGCAGUGUUCGUCAUCCUGGCGGAGAUCGCGGCCACCCCGUGCUCCACCACCGACGACCUCAUCUCCGGCACCUGCAUGCCCUCCAGACAGUGCGCCAGCAAGUCAGGGACAUCCAGGGGCUCGUGUGCUGGCGGACUUGCCACCUGCUGCAUCAUAACGAGGACGUGUAACGAGGCGACGAGCCUGAACAACACGUACUUCAUCCACCCCGGCGCCACCAACACAGAGCUGGGCGCCUGUACCCUCACCAUCAACAGAGUCGCGCCCAACAUCUGCCAGAUGAGGUUCGAUUUCCUCGCUCUCGAACUCUCGCAGCCGGAUACGAACGGUGUCUGCACUAAAGACUUCCUGACGGUGACCGGCGGAGUGUCCAGUGUCCCAGUGAUCUGUGGCUCCAGCAGUGGUCAGCACAUUUACUACGACGUGGACCCCAGUGGCGGAGCUGUGAAGCUGACCAUUGAGCGCUCGGUGCAGGCGUCGCUCUCAACAACCUGGAACAUUAAGGUGACGCAGAUCACCUGUGGCUCCGAGUACCAAGCGCCCGUGGGCUGCCUGCAGUACUACACGACCACCGCUGGCACAGUCAGCAGCUUCAACUUCCUCAACACCAACAACGCCACUGGUCAGAGCAACAGGCAGCUGGCCAACCAGGACUACGGGAUCUGCAUCAGACGCGCCGACAACUACUGCGGCAUCACCUGGGAACAAAACAAUGAUAAUGGCACCUUUGGCUUCACCAUCUCCGAAAAAGCUGAUGUUCUUGCACCAGACCUUAUAGGUAGUUCGACCGUCAGCGUCUAUGGCAACAGCUGCACUGCGGACUACGUCAUAAUUCCCGGAGGCAAAUUCUACUCCGACAACAGCCAGAACACCUUACUGACGGCUGACAGGUUCUGCGGCCUCGGCUUCCCCGCCUCCGUCAGCACCACGUCUCAGCCCUUUGUCCUGUACGUCAAGACGGACGGUAACGAGGCGACGGACACUGUCAACCGCGGCUUUAGUCUCAACUAUCGCCAGAAGAGGACCUGUGUAUAG